CCACCAGCUAAGCUUCUGUAGACUUUUACUCAGGUCCAGUUAUUUCUUAUGCUUCUUAUGCUACUGUAAAAUUCAGCAGACCAGCUGUCCACCUGGAGAGUUAUCACUCUGUAAUACACAUCUUUAUUUUAAUUCCUUUACCUCGUUGGCAUUUUGGAAGCUAAGCUUACAUUUGGGAAUCUUUUCCUGAAUGAUCUUUUUUAAACAAUGUCAGGCAAGCAAAUUAUAGCAUUUCUAGCUGGAUUAGGGGGAUUGGGUGCGACCAUCAGCGCCACUGUGUCUAACGAAUGGAAAAGCACAAGCAGGGCUUCAUCUGUCAUUACAGCCACCUGGGUGUUUCAGGGACUUUGGAUGAACUGUGCUGGGAAUGCAAUUGGAGCUGUGCACUGCAGGCAGCACCACACCAUCUUCAAACUAGAGGGUUACAUCCAGGUGUGCAGAGGCCUGAUGAUCUCAGCUGUGUGUCUUGGUUUCUUUGCGACUGCCUGUGCUCUGGUGGGGAUGAAGUGCACCAAAAUUGGAGGAAGUGAUCAACUAAAAGCACGAAUUGCAGGCUUUUCUGGACUUCAGUAUUUUAUUGCUGGUCUCUGUUCUUUGACUGCCUGCUCGCUGUAUGCCCACAGGAUUAUGUCUGAAUUUUUUGACCCCAUGUUUGUGGACCAAAAGUAUGAACUGGGGGCAGCCCUGUUCAUUGGUUGGUCAGGAUCUGCUCUGUGCAUUCUGGGAGGGAUUGUGUUCUUGAUGUCUCUGUUUGAUGGCUUCAACAAAAGCUCAACUAAUAUGGACAGGAGACGAUAUGUCUAUAGCGCAUCCACUUAUGUUUCUAGUCCCGAGAAGACACAAAAUCAUUCAACCAACAUCAGAAGACCCCUGACAGAAUACAGUACCACCUCGAAAAACUUUGAUAAAAAUGCCUAUGUAUGAAAUACACAAAAGAUGGAAAGAAGCAGCGGGUUAUAGUACAUUACCUGCAAUACCAACCUGUUUAAGUUUUUUCUAUCUGACCUGAAACAUUCUCUAAUGUCAGUGUCCUGGACAGCAUCACAAUUGCAUACAGCAAUGGAAUUUAUACCACAUAAUAAGUUAAAUAAAAUUGCCUAGAUAGCUUAGAAAUGUUCAAAUAGAAAAUUAAAUAUUAAAGAUUUCUCCCCACAUUUUCGAACUCUAAUAAUUUACUUCUGAUAAUAAGUAUUAUUUUUUGCAAAGCAUAGAUUAAAUUCACAGAAUAAACUCUACAGUAUGUACAGUAUUUAUAGAGUUGCCUAUACUUGUUCAUUGUCCAUGAACCUACACAUUUAUCUGAAAAAACUAGCUUCAGUUUAAAGAUCUUGAAGUUAGCCUAUAAUUCCUCAUCUGAGGAGCUUUUAUAGAACACAUUGACUAUAAUAUUUCCUUCAUUGCUGUACUUUCAGGUUUAUCAUUUGUCAAAUAUCCUGCCAGAAAUGACUGAUAUGUAAAAUUCUUUUGGUAAGCCUUUGUGUAGGAAGCCUGAGAGUAGUGAUUUUGCAUAUAUUUGAUAUACAUUAGCAUGAUAAGUUCCAUUUGCCAGACUACUAACACUACAAAUCUGUUUAUGGGUUAUUAGUGUUUAAUUUUCCAUUUUCAAAUUGUACCCUACAAUUUUGCUGAUUCUGUUUUUAUUACUUUAUUAAUGUCAUGAUCCAUUUAAAUUAAACAUAGCAGUAGCACUUUGUGUGAAAGGCUCUGCUUCAAUUAAGCUAUUAUUAUGCUGUUAAUGAGUAAACAUUCACGAAUAAUUUAUAUAUUUAGUCAACGAUUCAUCACACUUUAUUGUUACUUAGUAGAUUAAACAUUUCCUCAUAGGUUACUGAGUACCUGAAAUUUAAGUAUGGCAAAACUUUUCAUUGUAUUGAAAUAGUCUUUUCUGAAUUAGAUCUUUUUUUAUGAGUUACAUUUUUUUUAAUGAGUUACAAUACUUUUGGCAUAAGUAUUUAUUUUUAAAAGAAAUGUAUGUGUGAAUAUUUGAUUCACUAUUAUGUCCAUUAAUAUAAUCCGACAGAACUCAAUGACUGAAGUGGAUUCAAUAUUAAUCAUUUAUGAUGUUUUUAAAAUGAUCAUAUGAUUAGUCAUACAUAGCAAUAUUGAUAUACAGCUCUAUACACGUCUUAGCCUUAGAAGAAUUAUCUUAUAAAUGAUUACUAAUAUCAUUGUAAUUAGUAAGCCUGGAAGUCUUAUGGAGUGAUAGAAAUUCUUAAGUGUAUCAAUGUGUCCAACAACACAGCAGUGAUGCAGAUAAAUCCAUGAUCUCUACAGAAAUGAAACUUGUGAAGCAUGUGUAAAAGCUGUUCUUCAUUGUGUUGAGAAUUUUGGCCUACAACUACAGUUUUGCCUUUUAUUAUUAUUGGAUGAUUAAUGAAUUCUGUUUUUUUUUCUAAUGAUACUACACUGUAUAUUUGUAAUAAAAACAAAAGAUCCAACAAAGCAGUCAACGUAUGUUUGAGGGGAACCAUAUAAAACACUAGACCACUGUCAGUAUGCAUAACAAUUCAAAAACCCUCUGUCUCGUCUGUGAAUGAUUUGUGAACUGCUUCCGACAUGUCAUAAAAAAACCCACCUAAAAAAAAUAGAACUUAAAACUUAUUUUAAACUGAUUUUAUAUAUUCAGUUCAUUUCUUUUCCAUGUGUUGUUUAUUUACUUUUCUUAUUAUUCUUAUUAUGCAUUUUAUAAUGUCAAAUUGGCAUACACUAUGAAAAUAAAUGAAAGUUUCAAGUUAUUCCCCAAAAACACAUUUACUGAUACUGUAGUAUAAAUUAUGCUUAUAUUAUAAUAACAUAUUACAUAUUAGAAUUAUAUGAUUUAUACCGACAUAUAAUGUCUCAGACAAAUAACAUCACUUAUGUAAUCUGAUGCCAGUUUUUUAGAAAUUAUUAUCUAUAAUUAAACAUUUAAAAGGUUAUGGAAUUUCAAUGUAGCACUAUAUGUUUGAAUUUCGCUCUCAAGGUCAAUUGAAGGAAAUGAUCUGGUGUCAAGUAGCUUGCAAGAGAAAACAUUUGCCAACUUUAAACUCUGACAACAUGCUCACUCGAGUUAAUGAUCAGCAAAAGAGAAGAUAUUUGUUCCAUUACUUGGAAAAAGCUGCCCAUUAGGUAACACUUCAUCUUAAAAUAGAAUUUGCUGACAUUUAAAGGGCUAUAUAGAGCUACAGUGUAGCAGUAGCAAUUAUUUUUAUCCUUGUUUUUAAUGAAAAAAAAAAGCGUAUAGUAAGUGUAUGUUUGAAGCAUUCUUAUAUAGAGGUGAGUGCGAUCAGUAAUCUGAUGUGCAUCUGUAAAAGGUGCAGGCUAUUUGUAGUACCUCAAGUAGUAAAGGCUACAGCGGUACAGACCCUAAAGUUAUAGAACAACCUUCCAAUUAGUUUUUGAGACUCCGACACAGUUUUAGAGUUUAAGUCCAGACUAAAACA